UGCCGGGCCUACGUGGUGACGUCAUUACGCCGCGACGCGGUGACGUCCUCCGUCUCCAGGGGUAACGAGGCGAGUAACAACGAUGGCGUCCAACCCGUCUGUGUUUCUCGUGAUGGCGAGCGGGCAGAUAGAAGGCGGGGAGUUCCCAGAGUUCGACGACCUCUACUGCAAGUACUGCUUUGUGUACGGCCACGACUGGGCACCGACCGCCGGCCUUGAGGAAGGCAUCUCACAGAUCACGUCCAAGAGCAUGGACAGACGCCAAGCCUUCGUGUGGAACUUCCCCCUGGACAUCACCUUCAAGAGCACCAACCCCUUCGGCUGGCCACAGUUGGUGCUGAGCGUCUACGGGCCCGACGUGUUCGGCAACGAUGUGGUGCGUGGGUACGGAGCCGUGCACCUGCCCAUCGCGCCGGGACGGCACGAAAGAACUAUCCCAAUGUUUGUUCCCGAGUCAAGCUCAAGACUCCAGCAGUUUAUGAGCUGGCUGCGAGGCAGGCGACCAGAAUACACGGACCCCAAGGUGGUGGCUCGAGGAGAGGGCAGGGAAGUGACGCGCGUGCGAUCGCAGGGAUACAUUCACGUCGUCUUCAACAUCGUCACCAAGGACUUGCGGAAACUCGGCUACGAGACGGUGGCGGCAUCGGCGUCAGACGUCCACCACGCCGCACGCUCGACGCCGUGACCGCCGCCAAAGCUUAGGGGGCACGACUUGAAGCGGAAACCGAGCUAACGGCAACCCCCAUAACAAUCACCCCACUGGGCCUCCCCCAGAUAAGGGGAACCCGCCCGUUUGCGACAGUGCGCACCACCCUCCUGCCGUUAAGUGCCAAUCGGACGGAUGUCAAGAGAUUCAUCGUUCGCUCUGAAACGUACGGAUGUCGUAGAGAGAUGAGUUUCAAAAGCGACGUAUUCUGAUGCUGCGUCACCGCCACUUGCGGUGAGAAAAGAGCCGAAGUGAUGUCAUGCCGCUUCCUGCGACAUGUGACACCAUUUCCUGUGACGUCAUGGGUAUGUAGUCACUUCGUGUGGCGCGAUGUUUUUUUUCGCAAUCCGUCACAAUGUUUUAUUUUUACAGAGAGUCCAAAAUUCCAUAUGUAGCCCCGAUAAUUGGAACUUUUUGGGAUUAUUCUCAAAAUCUUGAACACAUUCCGACGAUGUAGCCGUUCACCUUCUCGACCAAGCGAUGAAGCGCGGAGAGAUGCGGGUGUCACAAUUCAAACGUAUACUUUUUUACAUAUAUUUCUUUUACAUUUGUGGUGUGACAAAAUCUAUAAUGCUUAGUUCAGUAUCGACAUAUAUCAGUCGACGAGAACAGAUUAUACAUUCAGGGAUCCUCUUCACACAAUGUAAAAUGUAUCGCUUGAUUUCACAACAGUACUAUGUUUCAAGCCAAUGUCAUUUUUGUUAAAUAAAACAUUUGUACAUUUUCAA